AUGCUCUUUUAUCUCACCACCCUCAACCUUGUUCAUGUCCUGAAGAAGGAAUGCCCCAAAGCACCAGAACAUCCAACAAAUGAGACAUUCAAUAUUAUAGAGGCCUGGAAGCAUUCAGACUUCUUAUGCAGAAACUACACUCUCAAUGGCUUGGUUGACUCCCUCUACAAUGUCUACUCUUCAUUCAUUACAACAAGAGGGUUGUGGGAGGUACUUGAGAAGAAGUACAAGACUGAAGAUGCUGGAACAAAGAAAUUCAUUGUUGCUAAGUUUUUAGAUUUCAAAAUAAUUGAUUCUAUUACUGUUAUUAAUCAAGUUGAAGAACUUCAAAAGUUUUUAGAUUUCAAAAUGAUUGAUUCUAUUACUGUUAUUAAUCAAGUUGAAGAACUUCAAAUCCUCAUCAAUAAAAUCCAUGUUAAGGGAAUGAUGUUCAAUGAAGCAUUUCAAGUUGCUUCCAUCAUUGAAAAGUUGUCUCCUUCAUGGAAGGACUUUAAGAACUAUUUGAAACAUAAACGCAAGGAAUUGUUGAUGGAGGAUUUGAUAGUAAGGCUUAGGAUUGAAGAAGACAACAGAAAGAAUGACAAAUUUGUUGGCAAGUCAUUCAUGGAAGCCAAGGCCCAUAUUGUGGAAAGAGAGUGCUCCAAUAAGAGGAAACUUCCCUUCAACAAUAGAAAGAUGAAGAAACCUGCCAACAAUAAGCCUGGUAAUAAGAAGAUCAAAGGGGUUUGUUAG